AUGCUGGGCACUCUUUAAAGUGUUGUACAAAUAUUAAUUCAUCCAAUCCUCACACCGGCUUUUUUAGGUUGAUACGCAUGUUGGCCUCAUUUCAGAUGAGGACACUGAGGCACAGACCAGAUGAGCUGUGUUCCCAAGUCUACACAGUUUAUAAGAGGUAGCUGGCAGGGUCUGAAUCCAAGGAGUGUGGUCCAUGCGCUCAGCAGCUGCACCCUGCCUGCCUUCCUGUCUUAACACAACACCAGGACUAGGCACCUGACAGGGAGGCUGGGUGUGGGGGUGUCACUUUGCAAAAGUCUUUCUUUUACUUAGCCUGGGAAUCAGGAAUUCAAACCUUGUUUCUACCCCAGGCCUUGCUCUGUGGCCUUAGACAAGUCCACUCCCUCUCUGGGCCUCGACUCCCUUUUGUUGCUUCAUUCAUAUGUUCUUAACAGCCUUGUGAAGCAAAAUUGGCUGUUUAUUUCCAAGUCCCAAACCCUCCAAUUAGCAGAGAGUCUUGAAGUCCUUUCCCUCCCAUAGUCUGGAGUCACCUUUUACUGGGUGACCAGCACUCCCACUGCCCAUCACUGACCUGGGAAACAUGGUAGAUAGAUAGAUAGAUAGAUAGAUAGAUAGAUAGAUAGAUAGAUAGAUAGAUAGAUAGAGGCUCUGUCCUCUCAAAAGACUCCUUUCCUCACACCUUCCUCCUUAUCUGUCAUUUUCCCAGAGCCCUAGCAUUCAAGUCCUCUCUCUCCUCCACCCCCUGAAUCUGGCAGAGAAAGCCCACCUCCCUAGGGAGGCCUGACCCGUCCCCUCGAGCCUCCCAGGCCACAGCCCGCUUCUCUCUCCUUCUCCUCCCUGCGCCUCUUUUCCAGGCGGCACUGAAGUCCUUCCUACACACACGCUAUUUUUGUAUGAUCACUCUCUCCUUCCUCUCCCCCUUCCCCCUACAUUCACUUACUUCCUGCUUUUCUGUCACCUCGGCCCAGCUCUGAAAGAAUCAGGGGCCCCUUUAGCCCAAGCCCACCCCCAAGAGAGGCCUUCAGCUUUGGGGAACAGGGUCAGAGCCACUUGGGGGAGGGAAAAGGCAGGCACCUCCGUCCCCCAUCCCCCCCCCUUUUCCAUUCCCCCAUUCCUUCGCCGCUUCCAGCCUCUCGCUAGAGGGAAGUAGGGACUGACUGCGACCGGAGUCCGGAGGCAGGGGAGGCCGGGAGCAACUUCCUCAGUCCACCUUAAGAGGACGAUGUUCGCCAGCUCGCGGCGCUGACCUUAGACAAACAAGUUUGCGCAAAGUGGAGCGGGGGGCCCGGCCCUGGGCAGCCCCGGCGGCGCUUCCACAGCCUUCUAGCCCUCGCUGGCGGCGCAGCCGCGGCCCAUGGAGCCCGCCGGCCCGGCCUCCGGCCGCCUCGGGCCGCUGCUCUGCCUGCUGAUUGCCGUGUCCUACUCCGCUACAGGAGUGGCAGGUGAGAAGGACCUGCAGGUGAUUCAGCCUGUAAGGCCAGUGUCAGUCGCAGCUGGAGAGACGGCCACUCUGCUGUGCACUGUGACCUCCGUGUACCCCGUGGGGCCCUUCCGGUGGUUCAGGGGGACAGGGCCAGGCCGGGAGUUAAUCUACGGUUUCAAACAAAGUGAGGCAACCCGCUUCCCUCGAGUAACAACUGUUGCAGACACCACAAAGGGCAACAACAUGGACUUUUCCAUCCGCAUCAGUAACAUCACCCCCGCAGACGCCGGUACCUACUACUGUGUGAAGUUCCGGAGCCAAGACCCUGAAAACGUGGCGUUUAAGUCUGGACCAGGCACCCAGCUCACUGUGAGUGCCAAACCCUCUCCCCCCGUGGUAUCAGGCCCCACGGGGAGGGCCCCGCCUGGGCAGACAGUGAACUUCACCUGUGAGUCCCAUGGCUUCUCCCCCCGAAACAUCGUCCUGAAAUGGUUCAAAGAUGGGAAUCAGCUCCCAGCCUCCCAGACCACCGUGGACCCAGAGGGAGACAGCGCUUCCUACAGCGUCUCCAGCACAGCCAGGGUGGUGCUGGCCCCGGGGGACGUUCGCUCUCAGGUGGUCUGUGAGGUGGUCCAUGUCACUCUGCAGGGGAGCCCUCCUCUUCGUGGGACUGCCAACUUGUCUGAGACCAUCCGAGUUCCGCCCACCGUGGAGGUUACCCAACACCCUGUGUCGGGGAACCAGGUGAACGUCACCUGCCAGGUGAAGAAGUUCUACCCCCAGCGCCUACAGCUGACCUGGUUGGAGAACAGAAACUUGUCACGAACAGAAACGGCCUCGACCCUCACAGAGAACAAGGACGGAACCUUUAACCAGAUGAACUGGCUCCUCGUGAAUUUAUCUGCCCACAGGGAGGAGGUGGGGCUCACCUGCCAGGUGGAGCACGAUGGGCAGCCGGCGGUCACCAAACACCUUACCCUGGAGAACUCUGUCCACCAGAAGGACCAGAGCACAGAUGGAUCCUCUGGUGAGACUACCAAGUUGAAUAAUGUCUUUAUUGCGGUGGGCGUGGUGUGUGCCUUGCUGGUGGCCCUGCUGGUCGCAGCCCUCUACUUCCUCCGAAUUCGACAGAAGAAAGCCAAGGGCUCCACUUCUUCUACAAGGUUGCAUGAGCCUGAGAAGAACGCCAGAGAAGCAACCCAGGUACAAUCCUUGGUCCAGGACAACAACGACAUCACAUAUGCAGACCUGAACCUGCCCAAGAGGAAGAAGUCAGCCCCCCGGGCUGCUGAGCCAAACAACCACACGGAAUAUGCCAGCAUUCAGGCUGUCCCGCCGCCCAAGCCCGACGACACCCUCACCUAUGCCGACCUGGACAUGGUCCACCUCAACCGGGCCCAUAAGCAGCCAGCCCCCAAGCCCGAGCCAUCCUACUCAGAGUACGCCAGCGUCCAGGUCAAGAGGAAGUGAACAGGGCCUACACUGUCUCUGGGUCUGUGUCCACGAGCUUUCUUGUCCCACGUGGAGCAGGCGUAAUGAGGACAGUCAGCCCAGUUUCCAGAGGACCAGGGUGGCACAGGUCCUGGGACCCAAGGAUGAGGUUGGCUCUUAUCUCCCCAACCCGCUUGGCUCUCCAGCAUUUCCAGGGUGGCCACAGCCUCCCACAUUGCCACUCAUGGAGACUGAUGUUGCCAGACCAGCCAGGGAACGGGCCAGAGCCGCCGGAGGACCAAAAACUCUCAUGCCUCUCUCCAUCAAUCGUGGGCCUUGGUCAUGUUCUGGGUGACCCGUGACGGCCUCCUUGAUGCUCUGUAGCCUGAUCUUCCAGGAUGAGGAGGGAGAAAACCCCCACCUCCUCUUCUCCCACCACCACCACCACCCAACUGUGGUUUUGGGAAAAGUUUUCUCGUUAGAUCGAACUGCCCCAUCCAUGCAGAAGCUGGGGAGAAAAAAUCUGAGACCGCAUCCAGAGACUCGGUGAGGUUGCUGCCAACAGUCCUGGCCUCCCCCAUCCCUGGGGACGAAAGGACCCUCCGAGGAGCCCUCCACCAUCACAAGGACUGAGUAACAAGACCCUCUUCCUCCUGCCCUCUGAGACUCCUUGAAGACCCAGCGUCCUGACGGUGACACUCCACGUGGACCUGCCUCUCCUUUCUAGACCCGAGCUUGCUUCCUCCAGCUAGCACUAACUCAGCAACAUCUCGCUGUGGACGCCUGUAAAUUAUUGAGAAAUGUGAAACGUGCAAUCUUGAAACUGAGGUGUUAGAAAAUUUGAUCUGUGGUGUUUUGUUUCGUUUUUUGUUUGUUUUUUUUGUUUUGUUUUGUUUUGUUUUUCUUAAAACAACGGCAGCGUUAUCUUGGCUCUUUGUCAUGUGUUGAAGUCCAUGGUUGGGUCUUGUGCCGUUUAAGGUUUAGCAGUUGGUUUCCUGGAGGGAAGAUCCUACAGCAGAAACUGACUUCCUCCACGUCCCAGAGCCCUGCGGAUGGGGAAGAAGGUUCCAGUUUGGCUGCUCCAUGGAGACGCUUAGCCUUCUCUUUAGGACUAAAUGGCCACGCUCUCAGCCGAGCUACGUGGCUGGUACUACUGCCUUCCUGCCCCCAGCAUGGUAAGUCCAAACCGGCCAGUGCUUCUCCAGGCUGCCUCCUUCACCAUGCAGUCUUGUUGAGACCUAAUGCCUCAGUCUUCUCACCUGGGAGGAGGGGAGAGGAAAGACGCCUUUCCCCGCCCCUCCCCCGCCAUCGCUCACAAGCACUUUAGGGCCAUGCAGGGAAGGAAUCCCUGCCUGGCGAUCUCCCCCACUCCUUUAGAGACCUUCCCCCAUUCCAGCUCUCUGAGCUGCUCUCUGCAGGAGGAAUCCUGCAUUUCUGCUCUCAAACCCUAUUGGGAUCAAACUGGAAAACAUCCAAGACAGCCAGGAGGACUGGGCAGCUGAGAAGCCAGGACUGACCUGCUUUCCUGUCCCUCUGUCUCAGGAGGUUGGGCAGAGGCUAUGACCCAUUAUCUUCUGACCCCUACCCUUCCAAUUUGGUGUGGGGGCCUGGCUGGGCCGAGGGCAAGCAAAUGUUGCACGCUGUGUGUGUGUUCAGUCUUCACCUGUACCUGAUCAGCUCUUAGAGCUGGACCCUAAUCUUCACUGCCCCACCCAACCACCCACCCACCUGGGUUCAGCCAUUCGAUGCCCCAGGGAUCAUCAGAGCGAAAAGCUGAGCCAUCCUGCCUGUCAGCAUGCCCUGCAGGUGGAACUCCGGGAGCUUAGCGCAGACCUGGCUCUCUGGGGGACAGUGAUUUGGUGUUUUACAUGUUGAUAUCCAGGAAUGAGCUGAGCCAACGGGCCAUGUGGGCAGCUUUGGCCCGACGAGCCAGAGUUUCUCUGUGGCAUGUGGGAGCGCAGGGGCCCAGCCACCUGGCUCGGGCUGUUUCCAAAUUCCAAAAGGUUGGCUUGUAAACCUUUGUCUCCCUCUCUUCUGCCCAGAGAGAGCACAUGUGUGUGAGCACGCGCGCACACACACACACACACACACACACACACAGAUACACACAUGCACAUAGAAUCUUAAAAGAAUGUUUUCUUGGUGCCAUUUUAAUUUAAUUUUAUUUUGAAUUUUGGAAGGGGACUAAAGGAAUGAGGCCAAGGAAGCCGUGUAGAUUUAGCUCCAGCCUGGCAGCCUGGAGAUGCUCGUACCUUGUGUAUCGAACCCCAGGAAAAGGAAGAGGUUAAAACAACAGUUCGGAAGGAGCGUGGUUUUGGGAGUUUAUUUUAAGACUGCUGGGAAGGAAACAGGCCCCAUUUUGUAUAUAGUUGCAACUUAAACUUUUUGGCUUGCAAAAUAUUUUUGUAAUAAAGAUUUCUGGGUAACAAUGA